AUGCGGCGGGCGCGGCCCGCGCUGCCGCUGCUGCUGCUGCUGCUCGCGGGGCCCCUGCCCGCGGGGGCUGCCCCCACCGACCCUGCGGACGAGUGUCAGCAGCAGCUGCCCGUGGCCCGCAGUGUGGCGUCCUGGAUCGUGGGGGGCCACGAGGCCCCGGAGGGCGCGUGGCCGUGGGUGGUGAGCCUGCAGGUGCUGCGCGGCGGCGUCCGGUUCAUGCACCUGUGCGGCGGCGUGCUGCUGGGCCGGAGAGCUGUGCUGACCGCCGGCCACUGCGUGGAUGGCAGGACGGAUCCGUGUUCCUGGCGAGCCGUUCUGGGCGUGCACAACCUUCAGAAGCACAGCCCCCACACAGCGAGGAGGAGGAUCAGGAGGAUCAUGGUGCACUCGGAGUUCAGGAGGGAGACCUUUGAGAACGACGUGGCGGUGUUCGAGCUGAAGUCGGCCGUGCGCUACAGCCUCUACAUCCAGCCCGUGUGCCUGCCCCCAGCUGCCCUGGUGCAGCCCUUGGAGAACAGCUCCGACUGCUACAUCAGCGGCUGGGGACGCACCACCGAGAAGGGUAAAAUCUCACCUGUGCUAAAAGAAGCCCAUGUGGGAAUUCUCCCUCCCAGCCUGUGCAACAGCUCUGAAGGCUACGCGGGGCUCAUGAACAACAAAGCACUCUGCGCCGGCGCCUGGGCUGGAGGCACCGACACCUGCCAGGGCGACAGCGGGGGCCCCUUGGUGUGUUACCACCCUGACAGAGACAAGUACUACCUCGUUGGCAUCGCCAGCUUUGGGGUGGGCUGCGGCCGCCCCAGAUACCCCGGGAUCUACGUGCGCCUGUCUCAGUACAGAAAAUGGAUCAAAGCAAAACUUCUGCUGACUAACGAGACUCGGAACCCCGUGAGCUCCACACUCACCAUCCUCCUGACUCUGGCACACACAGUGCUCACGCAGAUUUUGUAGAGGGUCCUCGUGGAGGUCUGUCCUGCCUGGAAAAGCUUGGAGAAACCAGCUCCCUCCUGACUGACAAUAAAUCCAAGAGCCAAAGGAUGUGCACUUACUUUUUAGGAGUCAUGUCUGCCAUUGUAUUUUUUGUUUCCUGCCUCUGAUAUCCACACUGACGGGAGAACAAACAGUAACAGCCUCGGCACUAAUAAGGAAAAUUGAAUGUAGAAAUGUUAUCGACUGGAAACACUUUCUUCCCACCCUAUUUCUGUGCUUUUCCAGCCAUCAGAAGGUUAAAUAGGCUCAGUGACGGCACCAGGGUCUGGGGAGGGCAGAUGCUCCCUCUGCCGGGUAAAAACCAGCAGAGCACACUAAGGUUUUAAUUAACCAUUUAAUUAACCAAGCCCUACCUGUGGCUCAGCUUAUUGAAAACUAAGAAGGUAAAAAAACCCUGCAGGAAGGUAAAAGCUGUUCUGCACUCAUGAUUUUUGGCACUGGCAGGUGUUUACAAGUGCCAUUUAAUCCACUAAAAUUGACUAUUAUUACUAUUAUAUGACCUGGCUGUCAUAUGACCUGAUUCCACACAGGUAUUCACACCUGGUCACCACCACUGCAGCUCUAGCUUCAUUAAAAAUAAAUAGGGACCAGCAGAAUUAUAAUAUUUUAGCGACUUUAUUUACCAAGAUCAAAAUUUGCAACCAUUAAUUGUUUCAACAAAUAUUUACAAUUCAUGGAAAGCACAGACUGUUUGGAACCAACCAGCAGGACAGCAUCAGCUGCUGCAUCUCUUGCCCUCAGGAAUGAGAUUUUAAUCUUGAAAAUUGAGAUUUGAAAGUAAAUCCAAACUAAGAACUUCAUGAUCAGUGCUUAAAGAGCGAACUUGUGUUACAUGAUGAAAAAUCAGCUGUUCUUUCCACACGCUAUUUUAAGAGUAUAAAAAUUGACUCCUGGUGUGUCUGGCAGGACAGGUGCUUCCCUUGCUGGAUACAAGAAGAAUUGGCCACCAGGUUUUUACAGUCUUAACAAUUGAUAAGUUUUUGUUUAUUAUUGUUCCACCUUACAAAAGGAAAAAAGAACACAGUGAGGAUCAGCUACCACAGAGUUCCCAAAGCAGUUCAGAACUGUAGGUGAAACCCUCUCCCACGUGCCAGGUCACACACAGCUGAGGAAAGGUCCGGCUCUCUGAGGUGCAUGUUCCAGGCACACUCCAGGCUGUUCAAUUCUCCUGAAAUUCCACCAAAGAAAUGGGAAACACCGACACCUCUCCAGGAGCAGCUCCCUCAGUUUAGGACUUUCCCAGCCUUAUUUCUGAUGGGUCACAAAGCUUUUUUUCUGACAUGAUGGCAACCAGGAGUCACACUACAGCCUGGCCUAAAGGAAACGCAUUGAGACUCGUGCCCACAGCAAUCAGAGACUUAGGAACUUCAGGGGAAAAAAAAAAUAUCCUUUUCUAGCCCACUAACUAAGGAGAUUGUGGAAUGCAGAUUCCUCAUGGCAGAGAGCUCUGCUUGCUACAAGUCCAUUGAUUCCCAAAGGAGCAAAAUCAAAAAUACUGACUGACCGUGGGACAAGCAUCACACAUCCAGGGAGGGAGCAGGGCUUGGAAUUCCAUCCAGAUCUGAGCUAGCACGGCACACGCGGAGCUCCAACACCUCGGAACGGCGCAGUCCUUGUGUAAUUCCCGCUGACAGAACUGGAAGCAGGAUUCAAUCCCAGCUAUGGAAAUGGUUUAUUACUCAUGCAAGAAGCACUGCAGUCACCUACAGCACCUGCCCAGGGCCACGGCCUGACCAGCAGGGUCACACCUUGCCCAGGACCGUGUGCUCACCAGUACCAUGUCCUGCCCACCAGGCCCACAGCCAGACAGCUCUGGGGGUCUCCAAGAAGGAGACUCCCCAGGUAAAGGAGUCCUGAUCAUGUCAAACCUUUGAUUUUCACCUGAAACAAAUUUAAAUUGUACAAACUAGACUCUCUGACACAAUGAGAUCUAAUGUGCAGAUACUGUCAACUCUGGGGAGUAAAAAGCCCUAAUUUCUUUUUUUUUUCCUUUUUUUUCCCCCCCAAUACUCUUUAGGAUCUGGUUUUUUUCUGCAAGUUGCCUACAGACAUACAAAAUUAAU